AUGGAUGGAAAGCGGUGCUCAAGAGUCUCCACGUCGUCAGGAAGCACGAGGCAGAAGGCCAAGUACAAGCCGUCAAAAACCACUCCUGCCGUCCAGUCAAAGGCCAAUUUCUCGCUGCCGCCUGCGACCACAACUCGAAGCGGCCGCUCCCAGAAGAUUGCACAGCAUGCUCCCGUUCUUUUGUGCCCACCACCGAUGCGCUCGCGAAAGAAUAAGACCAAGGCGACGACCAAGCUCACUAUCAAGGUUCCGAGGAAGACCAACACAAGUACUCCUGCAGCGCCUUCAAGCGAUGCUGCUCUACCCGGCGAUGAGGAGGAUCACUUGACCAGCGCAAGCUCCGACGAGGCAACUGGUGGGCAAGGCAGCUCAAGCAGCGCCGUCACUCCCACUGCGGCGCUGCAGUCCUCGCCAAGAUCAAUCGAGGAGAUAGCCGAGGCUGUAACGCGGCCCUCACUUGGCGUGACGGCGCAACCCACCCAGAUCGUUGCUCAGCCGAGCCGAUCAUCGACUGCGCAAGAAGGCGGUGGGCAAAACGACCCAAAUAAAACAACCUCUGUGUCUAUGGAGACAGCAGAUGCACCCUCCAAAUCGACACCCAACCCGCAACUCGAAAAGUUCACAGUUGGGCUGGUCAAGGACAUCGAAGCUUCGAUAAAAAGCUGCCAAGAUCGCAUCGCGUCUUCACCGGAUCAGGUUGGCCUAAUGGCACUCUCUGUCACCUCCUCGGUGCUGAUCAAAGACAUCGACAAGGCGUUGACCUCGUACGACAGCGCUUUGGACAGCGCCAACCCGAGACACUUUAUCUUGCCUAAGCUCAAAGAAAAUCUCGAACAGAUCCAGGAAGGAUGCGAGCGUGCUCGCGAUGCGUUCAAAGACGAAAAGAUGGACGCGAACGAGAGGCUGGCACGCCAGCUUGAACCCGUUCUUAUGAGCGAUGUCGUCUUCGGGAGAUGUCUCACGCUCAUCUCGAUGCAUGUGGAAGAAGAGUCUGCUUGA